CUUAGAGAUCCUCCUUUGUUUUUCGAAGUAACAAAAUUUAAAAAAUCAAAAAAGUUAACAAAAGUUACUUUUCACAAAAGAUAUUCAUGUUGUUCUUGGUGUAAGAAAAACUCACUUUCAUGCAAACCAGAAUAUCCUUGUGGAUGUUUUGUAGGUGAUUGUGAGAAGACCGAAGUUACAAAAAAAAUAUUCACUAAUAGUCAAGGAGUAAGAUAUGUUAAAUCAAUCGCUCCUUACUGGUCGAGUAAUAUUUACCUGAGACAUGUCGAUGCGAUAGAUGAUAUCAUAACAAAGAGAUGUAGAAAAUGUCGAAAGAAAGCUAUUUGUUCUAAGGUUAUGUUGUUAAAUGGUACUUGUGAUAUAGCUAUGUGUCCUUAUAAUCAAGUCCAAGAAAUAAUGUUCUCAGAGUUUUAUCAAAGAGUUGAUAGGAUAGCUUAUAAACAUUUCAUGUAUGAACCAUGUUAUAAUUUAUGUCAAAAAUCGGCCAAUCUACCAAUCACUAUUCCAAACUUAUGGAAACCCGAUAUCUCUUGGGAAUUCAUAUAA